AUGCUCGAGCCGCCACUCUCCGCUUCUGAACACAAUAAUAACAACACAAAAGUGACAGAAGACUUGAAUGAGUUGAAUAAGGGGACAAUGUCUGGCCAACAGAUUGACUCCUUCUCACCUUGGCAAGCAACAUCGUCUUCAUCGGUGACCGGAACAUCAGAACUUUUCGGAUCAACGUAUGCGAUGUUAAGUGAUCAUGCUUCAUAUCCAGAUCAAUGGUCUGGGAAGCAUCUCACACAGUCAAUACUCUUCGAACAACCUCAAAUUCAACCAUUAGUAGGGAACUCAUAUGAUCCUCCAGUACGAUUCGAUCCACCGUAUGCGUAUCGUGCUGCUGGAGCAGGAUACAUGUCAGCUAUGCCUAGUCUUGCUGCAACGGCCGCCCAGUAUUAUCCGCCUAGAACAUCUGGAUACGUGGGUGGUCCACAUUUUUAUCCUCCUGCUUUGUCUGGAGUUCCGAAUACGCAGCAAUUACUGUUGGCUGCUCAAGCUGCUCAGGCAUCGAAUGCUCAACAACAACUUCAGCAGCAAGUUCUUCGACCUGAACCUCUUCGACCCGCCACUCAAAAAGUUGGGAAUGGGCUGAAUAGGAGUUCAAGUAACAGUAGUGCAGAGACAUUGAGGAACAACUCAGUUUCAGUUGCUACAGUAUCCCCUUCAGAUGAUAACGAGUCUCAACUUCUAGCCGCAGGAAUUUUAUCGACGUUCUGCCUGAACCGAAAAAACUCUCUCAACAGCCCUGCUCUCACCUCUUCUGGAUCUGCAGCAUCUGGGACUCCGCCCCUUGGAAGUGAUCCAAACAACACCGAUCUUGAAGGGUCUGAUGAGGAACGUGUCAUGUGUAUGGCCUGUCGAGGUGUCUAUCCAUCCCGUCGUAGCCUCACUGGUCAUAUCGGACGGAACGAGAAGUGUCGUGAAAUUAUUGGCAGAAACUAUCUGGACGCGUUGGCCAAUGGUGUGAAUCCGCCGAUUCCUGGAACAGAUGCAGCUAUCAAAUCAGGAGCAAUCACUACUGGAGCUGAUGGCAUGUCACCUGUUUGUCCUUAUUGUGACAGAUUUAUUAGUCAUUACAAAGGAAAUAUAAGAAGGCAUAUUAACCAAUGCUGUAAAAGUGCUGAACCAAUCAAAAGGCAUCGUGUAGAACAGAAUGAGAAACAGACGCCGAAGAAAAGAGCGAAGAAAGAUGACAAUGGGAACAGAUAUCCGGAAUAUGCUGACCAUGAUUCAUCCUCGAUGAGUGGUGGAGUUUUGAAUUCUCCUAAAAUGUCGUCACCAUCUUCUUCAUUUUUUGGAACUGCGAACUCGUCUGAUCUGUGUUCCCCAACAGAAUAUUCUAGCAGUGCCUAUGAACCAUAUCCAGUCAAUGGUCACUCUCAGAGAUCACCACGAGAGACGGCAGUACUACAAGACGCGUACAUCUGCGAGGACUGCGACUUUGUUACAGUAUACAAGGGAAACAUGAAACGCCAUUUGAACACGUGUCACCCGCAGCCUGAGUGUAAAAAGUGGGACCAAAAACUAGAAGGAAUGCGUGCAUCGAAUCUUGGAAUCAGUGGAGAUCGGUUACAAGAAAGAUUGGCAGCACACAAGGCGAAUUCAUCAAGAGGAAGGAAGCCAAGAAAGAAGAAGGAGAACAACACCGAAGAGAGCGAACCAAUGGAAUUCAAAAACCUUCUCAAUGCCGAAGCCGGAAGUUUGCUAGAGGCACUCGCCUCAACAUCAUCAAUAACUAUGGAAGGAUACAAUGGAAAUAACUUCCAACCUCCGCCACCACCGCCUCCGCCAUCUUCAAUGAUGCUGUAA